AUGGCUUUUCGUGGUGAUGAUGAAUCGCACAAUUCAAACAACCAAGGUAAUUUUUUGGAGCUUCUUGACUUUCUUGCUCAACAUAAUACAGAGAUUGAUCGUGUUUUCAAAAAUGCUCAUGGAAACCUUAAACUAGUAGCAUCUAAAAUUCAAAAAGAUAUUGUUAGAGCUGCUGCAAGUGAAACUACUAAAGUUAUUAUUGAUGAUCUUGGAGAUGAUUUAUUUGCUGUUUUAGUUGAUGAAACUCGAGACAUUUCUGUUAAAGAGAAAAUGGCUGUUUGUUUGCGGUAUGUGAAUAAAGAAGGGAUUGUAAUGGAGCGAUUUCUUUGCCUUGUCCAUGUUUCUAGCACAAAUGCGUUGUCGUUAAAAGUAGCUUUGGAAUCUUUAUUAGCAAAGCAUAGUUUAAGCUUAGCAAGAAUACGUGGACAAGGUUAUGAUGGAGCUAGUAAUAUGCAGGAAGAAUUUAAUGGCUUAAAAAGUUUGAUCUUGAAAGAAAAUACUUGUGCUUUUUAUGUUCAUUGUUUUGCUCACCAACUUCAAUUAGCACUUGUGGUUGUUGCAAAGAAACAGGUUGAAAUUCCACUACUUUUUAAUUUGCUUGCUAGUUUGUGCAAUAUUGUUGGAGCUUCUUGUAAACGUAAAGACAUGCUUCGUGAAAGUCAAAUGCAAAAGACAAUUGUUGCAUUACAAAACGGAGAUGUUUCUAGUGGGCGUGGCUUAAAUCAGGAAACAACAUUAAAAAGGGCAGGUGAUACUCGAUGGGGCUCACAUUAUGGUACAAUACUUAGCUUGAUUUCUAUUUUUUCUUCCGUGGUAGAAGUUCUUGAAGUGAUUGAGGAAGAUGGAAAUAAUCCUGAACAAAGAGCUAAAGCAUGUCAAUUAUUGAAUCAUAUUCAAUCUUUUGAAUUUGUAUUCAAUUUACAUUUGAUGAAAAGUAUAUUAGGAGUUACUAAUGAGUUGUCUCAAGCUCUACAAAGAAGUGAUCAAGACAUUAUAAAUGCUAUGACAUUGGUUAAAGUGUCCAAGCAACGAUUGCAAAGUAUAAGAGACGAUAGUUGGUCCUCUUUGCUCAAUGAAGUUUCACUAUUUUGUGAUAGUCACAAUAUUCUUGUUCCAAAUAUGAAUGACAUACAACUUCAAGAGCUCAACAAUCGUUUUACAGAGGUAAAUACCGAGCUACUUCUUUGUAUAGCUUGUUUGAAUCCAAGUGACUCAUUUUUUGCAUUUGAUAAGGAGAAGUUGCUUCGUUUAGCUGAAUUUUAUCCACAUGAAUUCUCUUCUACUCAACUUUUGGCACUUGAUAGCCAACUUGAGAAUUUUAUAUUGGAUAUGCGUCUUGAUGAUCAAUUCUCAAAUAUAAAUGGAAUCGGUGGACUAUCUUAA